GACUAAGAGGCAGACGCGGAAAUCUAAAAACGCAACGGUUUUUUUCUACAACCGGCAUGUAAAUAACACUUUGUUGUGCUUUGCAUAGAUAACGCCAACUUACAUUUGAUGUUAGGAACGGUCCAUUUAGAUGUGCCCGAACCGUGCAGCGCUUUAAUAUUAGCUACAAGCUUGCUUAAACGUGUGCCUUGAUAUGAAUUGAUCGGCUGAGAUGCUGUCCACCGGUCCACAGCUGCGUCUACUGCGGCUUUUGUCUUGUGUAACUCUUGUUUUACUUUUCCAAGUCACCGACAGCAAGAAAGAUUUAAAAAGCUUCUGUUCUACCUGUCGGAUAAUAACAGAUAACUUCAACAAGGGCUUUGAAAGAACUGCAAAACAGAACUUUGGUGGGGGCAACACAGCUUGGGAGGAGAGGACACUGUCUAGAUAUGAGACAAGUGAGAUCCGUCUCAUGGAGAUCGUGGAGGGGCUGUGUGACAGCAGCAGCUUCGAAUGCAACCACAUGGUAGAAGAGCACGAAGACCUCUUUGAAACUUGGUGGUUCAAGAGGAAAACAAAACAUCCUGAUCUGCAUAAAUGGUUCUGCAUCGACACGAUAAAAGUGUGCUGUCCAAAGGGAAUGUUUGGACCGGACUGCAGUGCUUGUGUGGGGGGCUCUGAGAGACCUUGUCAUGGGAAUGGGAAGUGUGAUGGCGACGGGACUCGCGGGGGGGACGGGAAAUGCAGCUGUGACCACUCUUACAGAGGAGAGUUCUGCCUGGACUGCAUCGACGGGUACUUCAACGAAGUGAGGAACGACACAUUCUCUCUGUGCACAGAAUGCGACUCGUCCUGCAAAACCUGCACUGGUGCAACCAAUCAGGACUGUGAAGAGUGCAAAGAAGGCUGGGAGGACGAUGACCAGGAAGCGUGUGUUGAUGUAAACGAGUGCUCCAAAGAUCCUUCUCCGUGUGAGGAAGAUCAAUACUGCCUUAACACGGACGGCUCCUACUCCUGCAAGGCGUGUGACAAAGUGUGCUCCGGAUGCACAGGGCCCGGUCCUGAUAGCUGCCAGGCGUGUGCCAGCGGGUACCAACACACAGAGGGCACCUGCACAGAUAUCGACGAGUGUUCCCAGCCUGAGCCGGUCUGCACCAGGGACAACGAGGAGUGUGUCAACAAUAAAGGAAGCUACGUGUGCUUCUGCUCCGAAGGCUAUGAGGAGCGAGAUGACGAGUGUGUCCAGAAGAUAGAGCCAGAAAAAGAGGAGUCGGAAACAUCCGAGACGACCACAAGCGCACACGGGGAGCUUUGAUGUAAAAACUAAAAGGGAUCCAAAUUGAAAGAACGGUUGGAUUUUCUGCACACCUGACGCCGCCCAUUUUUUAAUCGUCGACUACAUGCACUAAUGCACCAGCUGCACUUAGAACCAACAAAAGCUGGCCACUGGACAGUGUUUGGAGCAUGGAUUAAAGGACAAACAAAAAAAAGACAUGUUACGCUCUCAGUAUGCUGGUCAUUGUUGCUUUUCCACUUUCUUUAUUUGUUGUUUGGUUUUAAAUCAAAGGUGUUUCAAUAAAGGUGAAUUCUGUUGAAUUUAAAAUCCAUGUCCACAUCUGUGUGUUUUCUUGUACAAUUAUUAUCAGUUCUUAUUCUUGAGAAGCCGGGUCCUAAAUUAGGUUAAAG